AAUAUUAAAAAAAUGAACAGUGCAAUCAUGAGAGAUAUAGCUGACUACAUCACUACGUCUGAUGUAAAAAAAAUUAAAAUGUUUUUAGAAAUACCUUACGGUAUAAGAGAGAAAAUUAAAGAUGGACUAGAUUUAAUGGAAUAUCUACAAUACAAAGAUUUCGUGUAUCAAAACUAUGAAUACAAUACUAACGAAGCUAAAAUCAAACUUAUUUUAAAUUUGUUAAAUGAAAUCGGUAGAAAAGAUAUCUAUAAAAAGUUUAUAGUUAAAUUUGAAAAUCCGCCAUCAUACGAAGAAAGUGUUAAUCCUCCACCGAACGCACAAUGGAAAUAUACUGGAGGUAUACUGGAAAAUCGGAAUUUUUGUGCAGAAAACGCAAAAUGUAAUACUCCGUAUUAUCCGCCUGAAGUUAUUUGUUUAAAACAAAAAGAACUUUUGGACUAUUAUAAUAAAAAAUAAUUUUUUUAAAAAAAUUCUAACUUUUUUUUUUAAUUUGUAUAUUUUUUUAGCAAUGAAAAAAAAUCAAUUUAAUAACAUACUUAAUGAAUUACACGAAUUUGAUUUGAUGAAGCAAAACAAGUUAAAAGAAUGGAAUUACAACUAUGAUCUUGUUUUCAAUCUUAUUACAAAUGUUGAAACAUGGUCCUUAGAAGAUUUAUGUAAAAGAAAAUUAGCUUACAAAAAACUUUUGAACACUAUUAUACCAAAUUUACAAAAACAAAUUAGAGAUUUAUUGCAUACGUUUUUAUAUAGAAACGAAAAAUUACCCUUCCUUCAUUACUAUUUUAACAAAAUGAAUGAUAUUUGGUUUGAUAACAUUAUUAACGAUAUUAACAAUGCCAAUGAUAAUUAUAAAAAACAUUAUUUAUUUGUUCAGAAAUUAAUUAUUCAUUAUGUUUAUCGAUUUUUUGAACAGGUUUAUAUAAUGUUACGUUAUAAAACUAAACAAGACAAAUUAAUUAUGUCAUCUCUUUUUAAUAUUUAAAUGCAAUGUAUAGAUUGGUUAAUUGAACAAUGUAAAUUUGUUUAUGAUCCUCAUUUUAAACCUUGUUAUAUUUAUAAAUAUGAUUUUAUUUAGAAUGUUAAGAAAAAAUUUACUUAGACAUGCUAGAAUACAUUAUGAUUUAGAAGAAUUUUUUUCAAUAAAAGAAACCAUGGUGAAACAAUUGCAAAUUAAUAACUAUCAAAAUAGGCUUUCAUGAUAAAUACUAUCGUGAAUGGACUUUGAAAGAUUUAUGUAAAAGAAAGUUAGCUUCUGAAAAACUACUACGAAUAGUCAUACCAAAGUUACGUAAACAAAUUAACAAUUUGAUGUAUUCGUUUUUUCAAAAUAAUCAAAAUAUUUUAUCACUAUAUUCUGUUUACAAAUCACACGAAGACGAUUGUUUUGAAUUAAUUGACAGACGUGCAUUAAUUAGACCGUUUUAUUUGAAUAUUCAAUUAUCCAUUGUUGAUAAUAUAUAUAAACUUUUUGUAAA